CUUUGUCUAUAACUGUUCCUCAUCUUUCACUCUCUUCACCAAAUCUCUCUCUCUUCUAUAAGAAAGAGCACACCAAAGUUUAGAGUAGUAGUUUUGUCUCCAUGGCUGGUGAGAAGAAGAAACACUUACAUGAGCUUCUUGAAGAUGACCAAGAACCUUUUCAUCUCAACCAUUACAUCACCAACCUUAGGUCUCACUUAGGUUGCUCCGAGUUGCGUGUCAAGAAACGAAAGUCUGAAAACGCCACCGUUCUACCUCAUGGUUUCUUCUCAUGCGAGCGUUCUUGUUUCUUCGCGACACAUAACAACUCUCCCGACCCUAGAAAGUCUCCUCUCUUUGAGCUCCGUUCUCCGGCGAACAAGAAGGCUCGUGACGGUGGAGUUUUCCUUCAGAUACCGGCAAGAACCGCCGCAAUUCUGUUGGAAGCGGCGGCUAGGAUUCAGAAGCAGCAGGUAGAGAAGGCUGACAACAGAGCUCGGAACAGAGGAAACGCGUUUGGUAUGUUCGGGUCUGUUUUGAAGCGGUUGACUAACCGUAAAGCGAAACCGUGUGUGGAUAACGCUGAUGGAAACGCGGUUUUGUCUGAACGCGGGUCGGAACCAACGAGUAGUAGUAGUAGUAGCAGCCGGCGAGAGCGUUUGGUGGAGGUUGAUGAUAAGUGCUUUUGUGAGAGCCCUUUUCAUUUUGUCCUCCAUACAACUCCUUCUACUUCCGGUCACCAGACUCCCCAUUUCACGUCGACGGCUACUUCUCCGGCAAGACGCAGUACAGAGGACGAAGAUAGCGAUGAGACAAAGAGCUUAGAGAAAGUGAGAGGACAAGGAGAAGAAGAUAAAGAAGAGGAAGACAAAGAACAAUGUAGCCCUGUUUCUGUACUUGACCCUCUUGAGGAAGAGGAGGACGACGAGGACCACCACCAACUAGAGCCUGACCAUCUCAAUCUCCCCUCGUGCAGCUUUGAAGUUGUACAACGGGCGAAAAGGCGGCUACUCAAGAAGCUUCGUAGAUUUGAGAAGUUAGCAGGGCUGGAUCCUGUAGACCUUGAAGGGAAAAUGUCAGAGGAAGAUGAUGAGGAUGAGGAUGAGGAUGAGGAGAGCGAGGAAGAUGAUAACAUAAGGGUUUAUGAUUCGGAUGAAGACUAUGAGGAUGUGGAUGACGCAAUGGCUAGAGAGGAGAGGAGGACGAAAGAUGAUGAGAGGCAGAAGAGGUGGAGGAUGAUGAAUGCAUGUAGGGUAGGAAUGGGUGCGGAGGAAGAUGUAGACGUUGUGGUGCAGAAAGAUAUGAGAGGAGAAGCCGGAGAAUGGACAAAACACGGUGGAGAAGUGGAGGAGGCUGUGUCUGAUCUAGAGCUAUCUAUAUUCUUCUUCUUGAUUGAUGAACUUUCCCAUGAACUUGUAUCUUCUCCUCCAUGAACAACUAAUGAAAAGUUUAUUAGAGUAGGUUUCUAGACAUUCUUGACUUGAUAAACCGAACUAACCUCCAUAACGUUAAACCUAGAAUUAUUUGAUUUAUUAUCACUUAGAACGCUUACAAAAAAAAAUGUCACAAAAGUUAACAACCCUCGUUUUGAUUAGGACUACAUGUAUGUUUUUUAUCUGAUGUUUUAGCUAGUGUUGUAAUUUAUGUCUUGUAAAUACAGAAAAAAACUUGGACUGACUUGUGUAACUGAA